AUGUACUUGGUAACCACCGGCCAUGUCUUGCCACCCACGUCGCCACAUUUUGGGUCGCUAUUUGCGGAGACUCGACCGGAUCCUGUGCAGGUGCUCUCUCGUGCGUUGGAAUUGGCAACGGAGAUUGUGGAGAACGUUAGUUUGCUUGCGUGGCAUCUGAAUCAUGCUUUGAUGUGGCGCAAUCCGGGGACUGCGGAGGGAGCACAUAUUGUUGAUUCGACGGUGAUCUAUCAUAUGUGUCAUGAGAGGGAUAUGCCAGAAGGGUCCAAGUCUUUCCUAGAGAAGCGAAAGCCACAUUUCACUGCGACACUGGAAGAUGCGCCACCGAAUUACCCGUGGUGGAUUGAAAUUGAUACAGGCAGGAGAGUCCGGGCUGCAAAGCUGUGA